CUCGAUGCAACUGCGAUCUGGGGCAAUACCUGAAUAAUGUACAAUGCUCUUUGUGAGAAUAUGCAAUUGAGCAGCUGUGAAUGGCGAUAUAGUCGUCGGUGCUGAGGAUGAUCACAGUAUGGCUCGAGAUAUCUCCGUUUAAGGGAAUAUCGCUACGACUGAACCCAAGAGAUAAGAAGGUGCCCGUAGCUUAGCUCAGCUCUGGAUGAGGGUCAAAUGCCGAUUAAUCGUCGGCGAGAUACAUCGAGAGCUGAGUGAACUUCAACUCGACGUCGAUUUGGGCGAAUACCCCGCGAGUACCCCGCGUUCUUGUAGUGCGGAGAUGGCAGGUCCCCAUGUGAUGUGCCGCGAUGUUUAUAUAUCCUGACUCUGUUCUUUGUUGUGCCUGACUCUUGUGCAUCCCCAUCGCAAAGAACCUCUACCUACAUCUCGCAAAAUGAACAAAGACGGAUUCGUUAAGGAGGACGAGAACUUCUCGUCCAUCGACAAGACUUACGAGUACUUGCACAUGACCAAGAGCAAGUACCACAACCCCGACCUCAAGUAUGUGGAGCAGGAAGUUCUCGAGCAGCUCUACGUUGGCUGGCUCCGCUACUGGAACAAGGAGUCGAUGCACGACGUCGUGAACGGCAUGGACGGCGCUCGCAGAUUCUACGACUUUGACGACAUGCUCUCCUUCGACAUGUUUGGCAACACCGAGCGCGGCAGCUUCAAGAGACACUUUGACUCCAUCUUCCCGUACUGGAACGACGGCCAGAUGCAGUACAAAGAUCUCGAGAUCACUGCUCUUUCUCCCGAGUACGCGUACUCGACCAUGAUCCAGCACACCUGGGGAACCGCAGGUGGCACCCCGUUCUCGACUGCCUUCCGACGAACCGGUCUGGCGCACAAGGGCAAGGACGGCAAAUGGACCUGGAUCCACGAGCACUUGAGCUUCCCUUGCGACAUGCAGACCCAGAAGGCGGACUUUACUGCCUCGAUCAAGCCCGAGGAGGCCUUCAAGUUGCAGUAGAUAUUUCUAUCUAUUGUGUUGCACUCUGAGUAGUCGUAGUGUUUUCUAACUGCCAAAGCAACAAAAUUGAUUGUCACCUACUUUACUUUACUCUAUCACGUAGAUUAUAGUGUGUAAGAGAGUUGUUAAUAAUUGAGGCAGCAGUCUUUCUACUCCUUUUUUGUCUGUCGCGGUGCAC